AUGCCUCCGAGACGGUCUACUCGGGCAGCGAGCACCGCUACAGAGGCUCCUCCCGCUCCGACACGUUCCUCAAGGACGCGCAAGGUGGUCCCAGCCUCUCCGACACCAGAGGCCGAGGAUGCCAGCGACCAUGAGGAGGCCCCCGUGGUCAAGAAGGCUCCUGCGAAGAGGGCGUCGACAGCCAAAGCCAAGACUCCCGCACCUGCACCCAAGAGACGAUCUGGCCGCGCCGCCGCGGCGGGGUCACCUACCCCCGAGCCGGCCGUGAAGGCGGAGCCUACGGAGCCCGCCGAGGAGGAGGAAGCCGAUUCGGCCCCCACAAGCCCCGAGAAGGCCGCUCCCAAGGCGGCGAAGUCGAAGCGGAGGGUUGUAGAGUCGUCUGACUCUGAGGAAGAGCUCGAGGACUUGAUCCCCGCGGCAACCAAGGCGGCAUCACCAAAGGCUCCCACCCCGAAUGCUGAGAUUGACGACGCUCCGACCCCGACCCCCGACACCCCCCAGGACCCCACCGCUCGUGAGAGCUCCAAGACACCCGUUCCCGAGACUCCUAAGAAGCAGAACCGUGGGGGCGAGUCGGACGCUCCCAUCUCACCCGACUCGUCGCCAGACAUGGCUCACGUCCUGCCGCCGAAGACGCCUGCCCGUGGUGCGGCUCCCCGCCAAACUCUGAUGGCGACCCCAGCUGCUCCGCCCCCCGCCACUGGCCCCAAGCCUCGUCUCGUCAUCCACAAGCUCGUGCUUGUCAACUUCAAGUCGUAUGCUGGGCGACAGGAGAUCGGCCCCUUCCACAAGUCGUUCAGUGCCAUUGUCGGUCCUAAUGGCAGUGGCAAGAGUAACACUAUCGACGCCCUCCUGUUCGUUUUCGGCUACCGUGCCAGCAAGAUGCGUCAGGGUAAGCUCAGUGAGCUUAUCCACAACUCUGCUGGCAAAGAGGGCCUCGAGAGCUGCUCCGUGGAAGUGUGGUUCCGUGAGAUUGUUGAUCUGCCCGGCGUGGACGACUUCCUCCUGGUUCCCAACUCUCAGCUCGUUGUCAACCGUACCGCGUUCCGCAACAACUCGUCGCGCUACACCAUCAACGACCGCAACAGCACCUUCACCGAGGUCACCACCCUCCUCAAGGGCAAGGGUAUCGACCUGGACCACAACCGUUUCCUUAUCCUCCAGGGUGAGGUCGAGUCCAUUGCGCUCAUGAAGGCCAAGGCCGGAAACGAGCACGAGGACGGUCUCCUCGAGUACUUGGAGGACAUUAUCGGCACAACCAAGUACAAGGAGCCUAUCGAGCAGGCGUCGCUCGAGGUCGAGGGCUUAAGUGAGGAACGUGGAGAGAAGAUGAACCGUCUGCGUGUGGUGGAGCGCGAGAAGGCGUCUCUCGAGGACAAGAAGAGGGAGGCCGAAUCGUUCCUUCGCGACACCAACGAUCUCACUCGCAAGAAGUCGCUCCUGUGGCAGUUCCACAUGUACACGCUUCAGAACAACAUCGAGCUUACGACUAAGGCGAUCGACUCCCUCACGGCCGAACUCUCCGAGGAGCAGGAGCGCAACGCACACCACCUGGCCCAGAUCGAGGACCUCCAGAAGGACCACGACGAGAAGCUUGCCACCUUUGAGGAGGUCAAGCGUCUCACAGAUGCGUUGGUCAAGGACACCAAGCGUAUCGAGAAGGAGGAGGUCGCUCUCCAAGAGAAGAAGAAGCACCUGUCAACCAAGCAGAAGAAGCUCAAGAAGUCGAUCCAGGAUGACUCUCACGCCAAGUCUGAGGCUCAUGUCACUGCGGAGAACUGCGCUGGGGAGAUCGAAUCCAACCGCAAGAAGGUGACCGAACUCGAGAAGAAGCUCGAGGUUGAGGAGGCCGAGCUCGAAGAGGUCCGCGACAGCCUGAAGGACAAGACCGACGAGUUCACGACCAAGAUCGAGGCCAAGCAGCGCGAGCUUGAGCCGUGGACUGCCAAGAUCAGCGAGAAGCAAUCCGCCAUCGAUGUUGCCCAAUCUGAGCGUGACUUGCUUGCGGGCAAGGCCACCACAGCUCAGACCGCCUUGGAAGAGGCCCGCAAAGCCCUCAAGGACGUGGAGGAGGGUGCCAGCGCCAAGCAGGAGGAGUACAAGGCCCUGAAGAAGGAGGCUGUCCAGGCCAAGAAGCAGCUCGCAGAUGCCGAGUCCAGGCUUCAGACUCUGACCUCCCAAUUCGAGGAGCUCCGUACCAAGGCGUCGUCCGCUCGCCAGAAGGUUGACGAGGCCAAGGCGUCGCUCGCUGCCGACAAGUCGGAGAAUGCUGUCCUUGCCAGUCUCAACAAGCUCAAGGCCCAAGGUCGCAUCAAGGGCUUCCACGGUCGUCUCGGAGACCUUGGUGUUAUUGACGAGAAGUACGAUGUGGCGGUCACGACCGCUUGCAGCGCCUUGAACAACCUGGUCGUCGACACUGUUGAGCAGGGCCAGGCGUGUAUCGAGCACCUCCGCAAGGGCAAUGUGGGCCGUGCCUCCUUCAUGGUCCUCGACAAGCUUCCCCCUCGCGACCUCAGCCGUAUCGAGACCCCUGAGGGUGUGCCCCGCCUCUUUGACCUCAUCAAGCCAAAGGACCCCAAGUUUGCACCUGCUUUCUACAAGGGCGUUUUCAACACUCUGGUAGCAGAUGACCUCCAGCAGGCCCAACGCAUCGGUUACGGCAAGAAGCGCUGGCGCGUGGUCACCCUUGCUGGCCAGCUGAUCGACCCUUCGGGCACCAUGUCCGGUGGUGGCACUCGUGUCGCUCGUGGCGGCAUGAACUCAAAGUUCGUGGCCGACAAGGUCGCACCUGAGGUUGUGCAUGGCUAUGAGAAGGAGUGCCAUGCUGCAGAGGAGAAGCUCUCUGCCGCCCAGGCUGAGAAGCGCGCUGCCGAGCAACAGGUGGCACAGCUUCGCAAGCGCCUACCCGAAAUCGAGAUCGAAUUGGAGAAGAUUGAGCUCGACAUUCAGACUGGAUCAAAGCGUAUCGGGGAGGCAGAGAAGCGUCUAUCCGAGCUGGAGUCUCAGAGCAAGCCUGAUGUGGGGGACGAGAAGCGCAUCAAGACGCUUGACGCUGAGAUCGCCACUCUUACUGCUGAGGCGGACAAGUUGCGAAGCAAGUCGAGCGUCAUCAGCGAGCAGAUCAAGGAGCUUCAGAACAAGAUUCUGGAGGUUGGCGGUGUCAAGCUGCGCGCCAUUCAGUCCAAGUUCGCCAACACCAAGGGAUUACUUGACCUUGCCAGCGAGGCUAUCACCAAGGCCGAGGUCGGCCAGGCCAAGUCCAUCCGCGACGCCGAGAAGCUGGACAAGGCCAUCCUAGCCAACACAGCUAAGGCCGAGGAGGCUCAGGGCGAGCUCGAUGUUGUGGAGGGUGACCUGCAAGCCUGCUCUGCCGACCUGGCGAUCAUUCGCGAGAAGGUCCAGGAGGCUCAGGAUGCGAGCAUCGACGUCCAGGAGGCCCUUGCUCAGUCCAAGGCCGACCUCGACGAGGCAUCCACCGAGGUCAACGCGUUCCGCAAGCUUGAGAUGGACAUCAAGCAGAAGAUUGAGGACAAUGGCCGUGUCCAGAAGGACAGCAAGGACAAGUACAGGCACUGGUCCAAGCGCCACGAGGAGCUCGAACUCGUCUACAUUGACGAGGAAGAGGAAGACGAGGAUGAGGUUGCCAAGCCUGCCGACGCGGACAAGUCGACUGAAGCGGCUGAGGGCGAGGAAGAGGAGACUGAGGACGCUGAGCCCAAGCAGAAGAAGUCAAAGAACGACUCGUUCGAGCUCGUCGAGUACAGCCCUGAUGAGCUCCGCGGUGUCGACAAGGACAUCCUCACAGCCGAGAUUACUGCGUUGGAGGAAGAGACUGCCAAGGCCAAGCCCAACCUCAACGUCCUUCACGAGUACCGCCGUCGUGAGGCCGAGUUCCUUGACCGCGCUCGUGACCUUGAAGCGGUGACGAACCAGCGUGACGCCGCCAAGCAGCGCUACGACGACCUGCGCAAGGUCCGCCUUGAUGAGUUCAUGGCCGGCUUCUCGGCCAUCAGCUCCAAGCUCAAGGAGAUGUACCAGAUGAUCACCAUGGGUGGUAAUGCCGAGAUCGAGCUGGUCGACACAAUGGACCCCUUCUCUGAGGGCGUCGUUCUGUCCAUCAUGCCGCCGAAGAAGAGCUGGCGCCCGAUUGCCAACCUGUCUGGUGGUGAGAAGACGCUUGCGUCGCUGGCGCUUGUCUUCGCGCUCCAUGUCUUCAAGCCCACUCCUCUCUACUUCAUGGACGAGAUUGAUGCGGCGCUCGACUUUAAGAACGUGUCGAUUGUGGCCAACUACAUCCAGUCCAAGACGCAGGCGGCCCAGUUCAUUGUCAUUUCGCUGCGAAACGACAUGUUUGAGCUUGCUCACCGUCUUGUCGGCAUUUACAAGACGUCGAAUUGCACCAAGUCCAUCGCCAUCGACAACAAGGACUUGAGAACGCAGGCAGUCGUCAAGCCCGCCAAGAGGUUACCACCGGGUACUGGGGCACCAGCAACAGAAGUGCCGGCUACACCCAAGCUUGCCGUGCCCGCCACGCCAACACCCGCCGGCACUGCCGUCCCUUCUGCACGCGUCUUGGCAUAGCCCUGUCGAACACUGUCCUUUGGUACCCUUGAUCCCUGUUGUACAACCAGAAUAGACCAUAUGAUGCAGAGAUA